AUGAAGAGUAAUGGUAAUUCUACAACAUUUACUGUUCAUGAUCGUCUUGGAGCAGCUAUUGCUCCAAAUACAAAUUCAAAUGUGCCAACGAAUCCACCACAGCCAACUGCCACAACAACAACUACUACAACUUGUUCAAUAAAUUUAUCAACACCAAAUUGCCAACAAAUGAUAACAACAAAUACAAAUAUAAUGCCAGCUGGUAGUUUAUCAUCGGCAACAGCUGCUUCAUCGACUGUAGCAACAUCUACAGGUUCAAGCCAACAUCAAGACCUAGUAAAUCUAUUUGAAUGUCCCGUCUGUUUUGAUUAUGCACUACCACCUAUACUUCAAUGCCAAUCAGGACACAUUGUUUGUUCACAAUGUCGACAAAAACUUUCAUCAUGUCCGACAUGUCGGGGACCGUUAGGUAAUAUACGAAAUUUGGGUAUGGAAAAAGUUGCCGAUACAAUUUUAUUUCCAUGUAAAUAUCAAACAAAUGGAUGUCUAUUGAGUUUAACUCAUAAACAUAAAUUAGAACAUGAAGAUUCUUGUGAUUUUCGUCCGUACAUGUGUCCAUGUCCUGGUGCCUCAUGUAAAUGGCAAGGUAGUCUUGAAAAUGUUAUGCAACAUCUUUGGCUGGCACAUAAAUCAAUAACAACUUUACAAGGAGAAGAUAUUGUUUUUCUAGCUACGGAUAUUACCUUACCUGGAGCAGUUGACUGGGUUAUGAUGCAAUCAUGUUUUGGACAUCAUUUUAUGCUUGUAUUAGAGAAACAGGAUCAACAAUUUUUUGCUAUUGUACAAUUAAUUGGUACUCGCCAGCAAGCGGAAAAAUUUGUUUAUCGUUUAGAAUUAAAUGGUAAUAAACGACGAUUAACAUGGGAAAGUACACCGAAAUCUAUUCACGAAGGUAUACAACAAGCAAUAUUGAUAAGUGAUUGUCUUGUUUUUGAUGGAGCAACGGCGUUAUUAUUUAGUGACAAUGGAAAUUUGGCCAUUAAUCGUAAUAUUUAUUUGGAACAAGUUCGUUCUCAUGUACAUUAUACAAAUGAUGAAAGAUUUCGAGAAGAUUAUAAAAAUCUUAUUUCACCUGAAAAUAGUCUUGAACAAUUAUUGAAUGCAGUACAUGCAGAAAUUCGCCGUCGCGAAGCUCAUGAUGCCGAUGCACGUAAACGUAAAGAUCAAAUUAAGAAAGAAUAUCAACCGUUGCAUUCCGAUCUUUAUACAUUUCAACCUAAAUUUUUAUCUGAAAAUUUUAAACAAUUAUGUUCACAACCGAAAUUCUCCAGUGAAUAUCUUAAAAAACUUGGCAAUGGAAUUUUUUCCAUGCCUGUAUUUACAAACGACUUUUGUACGCAAUUUAUUGAAGAAUUAAAACAUUUUGAAGCAUCGCCAAUGCCAAAAGGAAGACCGAAUACGAUGAAUAAUUAUGGAAUUCUUCUAGAUGAACUAGGAUUUACCAGUUUCAUUGAUGAAUUACGUAAUCAAUAUUUAAAUCCUCUUGCUCAAGCUUUAUACGGUGAAGAAUAUAUAGGCGCUACAGGACUUGAUUCUCAUAAAGCAUUCGUAGUUUCAUAUAAAAUUGACCAAGACGUUGAUCUUGAUUAUCAUUAUGAUAAUGCAGAAAUUACAUUUAAUGUAUCACUCGGAGAUCAAUUCGAAGGUGGUGAUCUUUAUUUUGGUACUAUGGCUAAAGCUCAUCGUACUGCAUUUUCAAACUUUACAUUUGUUGAACACAAGCCUACAAUAGGAGUUCUACAUCGUGCACAACAUCUUCAUGGUUCGGAACCCAUCACAUCUGGUGAACGUUAUAAUCUUAUUAUAUGGAUGCGUUCAUCCUCAAAACGUAGCCAACUUUGUCCUAUGUGUUGGCAAACACCUGAAUGUCUUGUACCUGUCGAUUCAGAUAGCUACGGAGAUGGAAUGAUAAAAUUAAUAGGAAGCAUCUAG